CAUUCACGAAUAGCGUGACGCAGUCGCAGAAAGAUAUCAUGCAUUAGUACAGACACUGAUCUUAUAUAAAGAGUCAAAUCCAGUGUCUGUCAUGUAGUCGAGUACCGACAAGUGUUCACGCUAAGGUUCACGGAUUAACGAGGCUUGGUGAUAACAUUGAGGAGGACCACUCAUCGUUUGUCUAGCGAGUUUAAACGGCGAAGACCGAUCACUACGAGAAUACGAGAUCAUUUGGUUUUUUGCGUAUCAAAUAUAGAAUAACCUGCACCAUAUCUGUUUGAUAUAAAUUUGUUGUACACAGCUUUAUCAUGUUUCGUUUACUCAAUAGAGUAAAAUUCGGGUCUUGCGCCUCGUAUUCCACCGCUCCGGCCAUCCCCGCACCUGAAACAACACCAGCAAUUCUGUACAGCGGAAUUUUUAUAAAUAACGAAUGGCACCGUUCAAAGUCCGGAAAAACUUUCCCGACGAUAAAUCCGUCAACUGGAGCGACAAUAACCGACGUCCAGGAGGGUGACGCCGCGGAUAUCAACAUCGCCGUACAGGCAGCGAAAAAUGCCUUCAAACUGGGCUCGCCCUGGAGAACGAUGGACGCCUCUCACAGAGGAGUCCUCCUGCACAAGUUAGCUGACCUCAUGGAACGAGACCGAAAAUAUCUCGCGUCACUGGAGACUCUAGAUAAUGGAAAACCUUAUGCGGUAGCGUACGCGGUUGAUCUUCCAGCGAGCAUUGCUAGUCUUCGUUAUUAUGCUGGUUGGGCAGAUAAAAAUCACGGAAAAGUCCUUCCAAUGGAUGGAAACUUUUUCAGUUUCACCAGACACGAACCUGUGGGAGUCUGCGGGCAGAUUAUUCCAUGGAAUUUCCCACUUCUUAUGAUGGCCUGGAAGUUGGGUCCCGCAUUGGCAACUGGUAAUGUGAUUGUCCUGAAACCUGCAGAGCAGACAGCUCUGACUGCCUUGUAUGUUGCACAACUCACUAAAGAGGCUGGAUUUCCUGAUGGAGUGAUAAACGUUGUACCUGGAUAUGGGAAAGCAGGGGCUGCACUCGUUGCACACGAUGAGGUUGACAAAAUAGCGUUUACAGGUUCAACGGAAGUGGGGAAACUCAUUCAGCAAGGAUCUGGCACAGGAAAAUUGAAGAGAACUACUUUAGAAUUGGGUGGAAAAUCACCCAAUAUUAUUUUCAAAGAUGCGGACUUGGAUCACGCCGUAGAGUCGGCCCACUUUGCUUUAUUUUUCAACAUGGGUCAAUGCUGCUGCGCCGGCUCUAGAACUUAUGUAGAGGACGCGAUCUACGAUGAAUUUGUGGAGAGAAGUGCAGCUAGGGCAAAAAAGAGGACUGUUGGAGAUCCGUUUGACCUGAAAAUAGAGCAAGGACCACAAGUAGAUGAAGAACAGAUGAACAAAAUUCUAGGAUUGAUUAAGACAGGAAAAACUCAGGGUGCCAAGCUCGUUGCAGGUGGAGAAAGAGUCGGAGAUAAAGGCUGUUUUGUGGCGCCAACUGUUUUCGCAGACGUCCAGGAUAAUAUGACCAUUGCCAAGGAGGAAAUUUUUGGGCCUGUUCAACAGAUUCUGAAGUUCAGUCAACUGGAUGAAAUCAUUGAGCGUGCAAACAACAGUGACUAUGGUUUGGCAGCUGGUAUUUUCACCAAAGACCUCGACAAGGCGAAUCAUGUAAUUCAGGGGUUGAGAGCUGGAACUGUUUGGGUGAAUACGUACAAUAUGAUGGCACCUCAGGUUCCAUUUGGAGGAUACAAAAUGUCUGGACAUGGAAGAGAAAUGGGAGAAUAUGGCCUGGAAGCGUACACUGAAGUGAAGAGUGUGAUCAUGAAAGUCAACCAAAAGAACAGUUAAAUAUCUGUGAUGAAACUUGAAGGUGGCGUUCCUGCAGAUCUCAUCUCAGAUGAGAUUUUUCGUUUUACCAAGCAUGUGAUUAUUUUUGUACUACCAGAAUUAUUUUGUCAAGAGCUCUCAAUAAUGAGAUGAAAAAUAAAUAUUAUUAAUGCCCAUUCAA